UAGAUACGCUAUCUAAUCGGGCCGGCAAAUAAAAUCUUGCAGUCUACAUUUUGCAUCGACGACGACUGUAUAAGAAGGUGUUAUCAGUUAUUAAACAACGAUUAAUAUGCUCAAUCAUUGUUCGAGAUGAUCAACUCUUUCAACUAGCUAUACAAAAUGGCUAAGUUCAUAAAGUCGAUCUUCCACACGGGUGAGAGGAAGUAUAAACAUGAUGAUGAGGACAAAACGGAGGCCUCCCCUCCUCUUGACGAUAGGAGAAAGCUGUCAAUAUCCCGGUCUGGUAGAUUGAAAGCGAAUAAGAAGAGGCAGACGUUGUCUUUGGAUGUGUAUGGGCAAGAAGAAAAUACAGAUUCCAAAUGCGACAAAAGCAAGAGUGAGAAGGACGGUAAAGAGGGACAGAGUCAGGAGACGACGCCGGAAGAGGAAAUAGACCACGCCUUCGAGAUUAUCGACAAAUCAUAGCGUUUACUGAGCUGUAAGUGUGAAUGUUUGGGAUAUCAUAGCUAUUUAGUAUUUAUGAACACAUCAAUCCC